AGUGGGGUCGGCUUAUCAUGGCGGAUCGGACAGCUCCCAGCUGCCAGCUCCGGCUGGAGUGGGUGUACGGGUACCGGGGUCACCAGUGCCGCAACAACCUGUACUACACGGCCGGCAAGGAGGUGGUCUACUUUGUGGCUGGGGUCGGGGUGGUUUACAACACCCGAGAGCACAGCCAAAAAUUCUUCUUGGGACACAACGACGACAUUAUCAGCCUUGCCUUACACCCAGAUAAAACUCUUGUUGCAACUGGCCAAGUUGGAAAGGAGCCAUAUAUAUGUAUAUGGGAUUCCUAUAAUGUCCAGACUGUGUCUAUUCUUAAGGAUUUCCAUACACAUGGAGUCGCCUGCUUGGCUUUCGACUCAGACGGACAGCGUUUGGCCUCUGUGGGACUGGAUGCAAAAAACACAGUCUGCAUUUGGGACUGGAGGAAGGGAAAACUUCUGGCCUCAGCCACCGGCCACUCCGACCGGAUUUUUGAUAUUUCCUGGGAUCCAUAUCAGCCAAACAGAGUGGUUAGCUGUGGAGUAAAACAUAUAAAGUUUUGGACACUCUGUGGAAAUGCCUUGACUGCAAAAAGAGGGAUAUUUGGCAAAACAGGGGAUCUUCAGACCAUCCUUUGCCUUGCAUGUGCCAAAGAUGACAUCACCUAUUCUGGUGCUUUAAAUGGCGACAUCUAUGUCUGGAAAGGGCUCAAUUUAGUCCGCACCAUUCAAGGAGCACACAGUGCUGGAAUCUUUAGCAUGUAUGCUUGUGAAGAAGGCUUUGCCACUGGUGGACGAGAUGGGUGUAUUCGAUUAUGGGAUACUGAUUUCAAACCAAUAACCAAAAUUGAUCUCAGGGAGACAGAACAAGGAUAUAAAGGCCUCUCCAUCCGGAGCGUGUGCUGGAAAGCAGACCGCCUCCUAGCAGGGACCCAGGACAGUGAGAUAUUUGAAGUGAUUGUGCGCGAACGAGACAAGCCAAUGCUGAUCCUGCAAGGCCACUGUGAGGGGGAGCUCUGGGCUCUGGCCCUGCACCCCAAGAAGCCCCUGGCUGUGACGGGAAGUGACGAUCGCUCUGUCAGGCUAUGGAGCCUGGCUGACCAUGCCUUGAUCGCCCGCUGUAACAUGGAGGAAGCAGUUCGCAGUGUGGCCUUCAGCCCGGAUGGAUCUCAGCUGGCCCUGGGCAUGAAGGACGGCUCUUUCAUUGUUCUCCGAGUCAGAGAUAUGACAGAAGUGGUUCAUAUCAAAGAUCGAAAAGAAGUCAUUCAUGAAAUGAAAUUUUCUCCAGAUGGCUCUUACCUCGCGGUGGGAUCCAAUGAUGGCCCAGUGGACGUGUAUGCCGUUGCCCAGCGGUAUAAGAAAAUUGGAGAAUGCAGCAAGUCACUUAGUUUCAUCACACACAUUGACUGGUCUUUGGAUAGCAAAUACUUGCAGACCAAUGACGGCGCGGGAGAACGCCUGUUCUACAAAAUGCCAUCUGGGAAGCCUUUAACAAGUAAAGAAGAAAUCAAAGGGAUUCCCUGGGCCUCCUGGACAUGUGUGAAAGGCCCCGAAGUGAGUGGAAUUUGGCCUAAAUACACCGAUGUCACUGACAUCAAUUCGGUGGAUGCAAAUUACAACAGCUCAGUGCUGGUGUCUGGAGAUGAUUUUGGACUGGUUAAAUUGUUUAAAUUUCCUUGUCUCAAGAAAGGAGCCAAAUUUAGAAAGUAUGUGGGCCAUUCUGCACAUGUCACAAAUGUCCGCUGGUCCCAUGACUUUCAGUGGGUAUUGAGCACAGGAGGGGCUGACCACUCAGUUUUCCAGUGGAGAUUUAUUCCAGAAGGUGUCAGCAACGGUCUGCUGGAAACUGCACCCCAGGAAGGUGGCACUGAUUCUUACAGUGAAGAGUCUGAUUCGGAUUUAUCUGAUGUGCCAGAGUUGGACUCUGAUAUUGAGCAAGAAACUCAAAUCAAUUAUGAUCGCCAGGUUUACAAAGAAGAUCUACCUCAGCUAAAGCAACAAAGUAAAGAGAAAAACCAUGCAGUGCCCUUCCUCAAAAGAGAAAAGGCUCCUGAGGACAGCUUGAAACUCCAGUUCAUACACGGUUACAGGGGCUACGACUGUAGAAACAAUCUGUUCUACACGCAGACCGGAGAAGUGGUCUAUCACAUUGCUGCAGUUGCUGUUGUGUACAACAGGCAGCAACACUCCCAGAGGCUGUACCUGGGGCACGAUGAUGACAUUCUCAGCCUGACCAUCCAUCCAGUGAAAGACUACGUGGCCACCGGGCAGGUUGGAAGAGAUGCUGCUAUUCAUGUGUGGGACACACAAACUCUAAAAUGUUUGUCACUAUUGAAAGGACAACACCAGAGAGGAGUGUGUGCACUUGAUUUUUCAGCUGAUGGAAAAUGUCUGGUGUCGGUUGGUUUAGACGAUUUUCACAGUAUUGUGUUUUGGGACUGGAAAAAGGGAGAAAAGAUAGCCACCACAAGAGGACAUAAGGAUAAGAUAUUUGUGGUAAAGUGUAACCCACACCAUGUUGACAAACUGGUUACAGUUGGGAUGAAGCACAUCAAAUUCUGGCAGCAAGCAGGUGGGGGCUUCACCUCUAAAAGAGGAAUUUUUGGAAGUGUUGGAAAAUUGGAAACAAUGAUGUGUGUUUCUUAUGGGCGAAUGGAAGAUCUAGUGUUCUCAGGAGCAGCUACUGGAGAUAUUUUUAUUUGGAAAGAUAUCUUCCUACUGAAGACAGUGAAAGCUCAUGAUGGGCCUGUGUUUGCUAUGUAUGCAUUGGAUAAGGGUUUUGUAACAGGUGGAAAGGACGGAAUUGUGGAGCUCUGGGAUGACAUGUUUGAAAGAUGCUUGAAGACUUAUGCCAUUAAAAGAGCAGCAUUGUCAACUAGCUCAAAAGGCUUGCUUUUGGAAGAUAACCCUUCAAUUCGUGCCAUUACUUUGGGACAUGGGCAUAUCCUGGUGGGAACAAAAAAUGGGGAGAUCCUGGAAAUUGACAAAAGCGGCUCAAUGACACUGCUCGUUCAGGGGCACAUGGAAGGAGAAGUGUGGGGGCUGGCAGCUCACCCUCUCCUGCCCAUCUGUGCAACCGUGAGCGACGAUAAAACUCUCCGGAUAUGGGAAUUAUCCUCCCAGCACCGCAUGCUGGCAGUGCGCAAGCUCAAAAAAGGUGGAAGAUGCUGUGCCUUCUCCCCUGAUGGGAAAGCCUUAGCAGUUGGCUUGAAUGAUGGGAGUUUCCUGGUCGUAAAUGCUGACACUGUUGAAGACAUGGUCUCCUUCCAUCACAGAAAAGAAAUGAUCUCUGAUAUUAAAUUUUCAAAAGAUACAGGAAAAUACCUUGCCGUGGCAUCCCAUGAUAACUUUGUGGAUAUUUACAACGUACUGACAAGCAAACGGGUGGGCAUCUGUAAAGGUGCUUCUAGUUAUAUUACCCAUAUUGACUGGGACUCUAGAGGAAAAUUAUUGCAAGUUAAUUCGGGUGCCAAAGAACAACUCUUUUUUGAAGCUCCGAGAGGCAAACGGCAUAUAAUAAGACCUUCGGAGAUUGAGAAAAUAGAGUGGGACACGUGGACCUGCGUGCUGGGGCCUACGUGUGAGGGAAUCUGGCCUGCACACAGCGAUGUGACUGAUGUAAAUGCUGCCAGUCUUACCAAAGACUGUUCCCUCUUAGCCACUGGAGAUGAUUUCGGUUUUGUUAAGCUUUUUUCAUAUCCUGUCAAGGGCCAGCAUGCAAGGUUCAAGAAGUAUGUGGGGCACAGCGCACACGUCACCAACGUGAGGUGGCUGCACAACGACUCUGUGCUGCUCACAGUUGGUGGAGCCGACACAGCCUUGAUGAUCUGGACGAGGGAGUUUGUGGGGACCCAGGAGAGCAAGCUGGUGGACAGCGAGGAGUCGGACACCGAUGCCGAAGAGGACGGAGGCUAUGACAGUGACGUUGCCAGAGAGAAGGCCAUUGAUUACACCACCAAGAUCUAUGCUGUGAGCAUCAGGGAGAUGGAAGGCACCAAACCUCACCAGCAGCUGAAAGAAGUUUCAGUGGAAGAAAGGCAGGGAAUUGUCAAGGGAUCAAGACCGCCUGUCAGCAGAGCAGCCCCCCAGCCUGAGAAACUCCAGAAGAACAACAUCACCAAAAAAAAGAAACUGGUUGAGGAGCUGGCUCUCGACCACGUGUUUGGCUACAGGGGAUUCGACUGUCGCAACAACCUGCAUUACCUGAACGACGGUGCAGACAUCAUCUUCCACACCGCGGCGGCUGGCGUGCUCCAGAGCCUCUCCACGGGGAGCCAAAGCUUCUACCUGGAGCACACAGAUGACAUCCUUUGCCUCACGGUGAACCAGCACCCCAAGUACAGGAACGUGGUGGCCACCAGCCAGAUAGUUGAUAUUACGGAGACCCAAGGAACAACACCCUCAAUCCACAUCUGGGAUGCCAUGACCAAACACACGCUCUCUAUGCUGCGGUGCUUCCACUCGAAGGGGGUGAAUUACAUCAACUUCAGCGCCACUGGGAAGCUCCUUGUAUCGGUGGGAGUGGACCCUGAGCACACCAUCACUGUCUGGCGUUGGCAGGAAGGUGCCAAGGUUGCCAGCCGAGGGGGUCACCUGGAGCGCAUAUUUGUGGUGGAAUUUCGCCCUGACUCGGACACACAAUUUGUGUCUGUCGGGGUCAAACAUAUGAAGUUCUGGACCCUGGCAGGCAGUGCCCUGCUUUACAAGAAAGGGGUCAUUGGAUCCAUGGAGGCUGCCAAGAUGCAGACGAUGCUCUCCGUGGCCUUCGGUGCUAACAACCUCACUUUCACGGGUGCCAUCAACGGAGACGUCUACGUGUGGAAGGACCACUUCCUCGUCCGACUGGUGGCCAAGGCUCACACGGGCCCUGUCUUCACAAUGUACACGACCCUCCGGGAUGGACUCAUAGUGACCGGUGGCAAAGAGCGGCCGACCAAAGAAGGAGGUGCUGUGAAAUUGUGGGACCAGGAGAUGAAGCGCUGCCGGGCCUUCCAGCUGGAGACGGGGCAGCCGGUGGAGUGUGUGCGCUCUGUGUGCCGCGGCAAAGGGAAAAUUUUAGUAGGAACCAAAGACGGAGAAAUAAUUGAAGUUGGUGAAAAAAAUGCCGCUUCUAACAUCCUGAUUGAUGGGCACAUGGAAGGGGAGAUCUGGGGUCUGGCCACACACCCCUCCAAGGACAUCUUCAUCUCUGCCAGCAACGAUGGCACAGCCCGCAUCUGGGACCUGGCCGACAAGAAACUGCUUAACAAGGUGAACCUGGGCCACGCGGCCAGAUGUGCAGCCUACAGCCCUGACGGGGAGAUGGUGGCCAUUGGCAUGAAGAAUGGAGAGUUUGUCAUCUUGUUGGUGAACAGCCUGAAAGUCUGGGGGAAGAAACGAGACCGGAAGUCUGCUAUCCAAGAUAUCAGAAUCAGCCCAGACAGCAGAUUCUUAGCCGUUGGUUCUUCUGAACACACAGUUGACUUCUAUGACCUCACUCAGGGCACAAGCCUGAACCGCAUUGGCUACUGCAAAGAUAUUCCAAGCUUUGUCAUUCAGAUGGAUUUUUCUGCGGAUGGCAGAUACAUCCAGGUGUCAACAGGAGCCUACAAGCGCCAGGUGCAUGAGGUACCCCUGGGGAAGCGGGUCACUGAAGCCGUGGCCAUUGAGAAGAUCACCUGGGCCUCCUGGACAAGCAUUCUGGGGGAUGAAGUCAUUGGCAUCUGGCCACGAAAUGCGGACAAGGCUGAUGUCAACUGCGCGUGUGUGACCCAUGCUGGCCUCAACAUUGUCACAGGAGAUGACUUUGGGCUGGUGAAGCUCUUUGAUUUUCCGUGCACAGAAAAAUUUGCCAAACAUAAGCGUUACUUUGGCCACUCAGCUCACGUGACGAACAUCCGUUUCUCUCAUGAUGACAAGUAUGUGGUCAGCACUGGAGGAGACGACUGCAGUGUGUUUGUGUGGCGAUGUCUGUAAAUGCCGGAACCCUCUUUAUUGCUGCUGCUGCUACCACCCAGCAACUGCAGGGGCAGUGACGAGGCCCCUCGUUGCCACCAGCUGCUGGGAAAGGCCUACGCUGCGGGCCACACAAGUUCCAAGUGCUAGUGAAGUGGGGUGACUGCUCCCAGACUCUGGAAUCUCCAAAACUGUGAUGCCAAGAAGGUCAGUUCUAAAAUGUUAAGAGUGCUUUCCUCUGUUCCUGAGACUAUACUGACCACAAUGACAAAAAAAAUCCUGCUAAUGUAGCCCACCAACGAAAUUUAAAGCCUCAGUUACCCUGACCAAUAUGUAGCUUUUAAUUUGCAUCAAAACUUUUACAAAAGAUGUUUUGCUAUUAUGUUUCUAUAUACUUUAAAAAUGUUCAUUUUUACAAAUGAGUUGAACAAGACAGCUUAAUUUAGAUGCGCUAAAGCACUAGAAAUAUUGAUAGCCUCAGUUCUCCACAUUUAGCUUUCAAAACCAAAUGAGCCAUGUACAAACAAGUUGAGAAACUUAAUUUUUUAACAUUUCAUUUGCAGAGUUUUAUAUCCAUUAAGUGCCUUUGAAAGUUUCCAGUUGUGUGGGCUGCUGUCUCCCCUCCCACAAAUUAUCUCCUUUCUACAUAUGGUGCUAAAACUUCAAAACUGAGGAGGGCUACAGGACCCUUAACAGAUUCCUGGUCUGUCACCCAUGUCAUGUGUUUAUGUCGAGGCUUCCUAAAUGACAUCAGUUCCCUGCUUGAGAAGUAGUGGCAGGUGAGCAGCAAAGAAACUUAAAUUCAGGAGGGAGGGGGUAAAAAUGGGUUUUCACUGUUUAGUGCCAAACCUACAAAAUCCAAAAUAGAAGUAAAAUUAACCUCUACUACAAAAUAGUAGGAAAAAAAAGAAAAAAAAAAGCUCAAGUGGGUCUAGGAUUAACGAACUCUUAAUCCUAA